AAAUAUUACGGCUUUAGUUAUGCGCGAAUCAUGUAAGGCUAAAAUCGUCGAAAAUGAAUCGGCAGCAAUUGCACUCCAAAUCGCCAGAAAAUACUAAAUGUGAUUUCGAACCAAAUGACACGUUGUGCAAAAUACAAAAUUUGACUGUUGACUCGGUCACUAGUUCCAAAGAAAUAACCAACAAUCGCGAUUCGGGUCGAUCCCUCUCGUUCAGUAUUGAUAACAUCUUGUGCAGCAACAAUGAUUCCCAUCCAUGUUUCAUAAAACAAAAUAGUGCACUUCUAAAAAAUAUGACUCCAUCUGUAAACAACUCAAAUACCUCUUCAACUAAAUUUGAAAAGGGGGAACAUUGGAGUGAUUCGCACAGUGCCCUCACCAGGUCAUUUCCGGCAUUACAAGCAAUGGAUAUAAUAGGAAAAGAUAAUUUGCUCAGUCCAUUUAGAACCUCGUUUCAAAUAUCCCAAUCAAAUUUGCAAUACCCCUUGAAGCUGUCAAUACCUCCAUAUUUGCAUCACUUUAUAAGUGUUCAAGGAAAACGAUUGAGAAAACAAGGGAUUGAUCGAAAGCCGCGGCAGGCUUACAGCGCAAAGCAGUUGGAUCGAUUAGAAAGCGAGUUCAAGGCGGACAAAUACCUUAGCGUGACAAAACGAAUGGAGCUCUCGAAAUCAUUGGGGCUCACUGAGGUUCAAAUUAAAACCUGGUUCCAGAACCGCAGAACUAAAUGGAAGAAGCAACUGACAUCCCGUCUUAAAAUAGCCCAAAGGCACGGCUUAUACAAGUGCGACAUGUAUUUCUCAGCGAUAUCAACUCCAGCAGUCAAUUCACCAGCCUGUCCAAGCUUUCAUCCGGCGUUUUAUGCCGACCCCCAACUAUGCUUUCUUAAACCAUUUUAAUUUAAAUAAAAUUUAAAUGAAGCUUUAGUAUUAUG